GGAGUUGCCACAACACGACUGAAAAAAAAAAAAAAAUGAAGAUUAAAUAUGCCAUUGUCUUCAUCUUUAUCGUGGCCCUGGUCAUCAUUGAAAAGGAAAGUAAUAUCAUAUCAAGGGUGUCUGAUAAAAUGUUGCAGAGGCAAACUCCACAGCAGACCACACAACCUUCACUGGAUUACAGCAACACGACACAAAGUAGCCUGACCGUGUUCAACAUGCUGCUCUCCAAAGCCAACGCGACAAAAGAGAGUCGCUCCAAUCAAACUGAGGAGCGGCCCGGAGAAGAACUUCAAAACGGGGGCCGUAAGCACAUAUUACUCAUGGCCACCACGAGAUCAGGUUCUUCAUUUGUGGGAGAAUUCUUCAACCAGCACGGAGAGAACAUGUUCUACCUGUAUGAGCCGCUGUGGCACGUAGAACGCAUGCUGACCAAGCCUGCGGAGACGUACAACGGCAGUCUGUUGCCGGGAAUUUAUCGGGAUGUACUCCGGGGUCUCUUCCUGUGUGACUUCUCCCCUCUGGAGAAGUUCAUCUCUCCACCACCCCAGAACCAUGUGACGCCGGGCCUGUUCCGCAGACAGUCCAGUUUGUCGCUGUGUGAAGAGAAUGUCUGCAACCCCGUCAUCAAGGAGGUUUUUGAGAGGUUCCACUGCAAAAAUCGGCAGUGCGGUCCGCUCAACCUGACCCUCGCUUCGCAGUCGUGCCUUUCCAAACAAUACCAAGCCAUUAAGACUGUCCGCGUACACCAGUGGGACACGCUGCGGCCUCUGGUGGAGGACCCUCGCCUGAACAUCAAAAUAAUCCAGCUAGUCCGAGAUCCACGUGCCAUAUUAGCGUCACGCAUGGUGGCAUUCUCCUCAAAGUACCAGACGUGGAAGGCCUUGGUGCAGGACGGUCAGGUGCCGGAGAAUGACGAGGAGGUGAAGGGGCUCCAGGGCAACUGCGACAACAUCAGGUGGUCCGCCGAGGUGGGGCUGAGCCAGCCUCGCUGGCUGAGGAGACACUACAUGUUGGUGCGCUACGAGGACAUCGCUCGCUACCCCAUGCAGAAGGCCGAGGAGAUGUACAGGUUCACGGGGAUCCCGUUUAGCCCCCGAGCCCGCGAGUGGAUCCUGAGGAACACCCGCACCACGCAGGGUGCUAACGACAUUUACUCCACCCAGAAGAACUCGUCGGAGCAGGCGGAGAAAUGGAGAUACAGCAUUCCUUUCACACUGGCUCAGGCGGUGCAGCGACUCUGCGGGCCCACCAUGAAGCUGUUUGGCUACAAGUUUGUGGACGAUGCAGACACGCUCGUUAAUAAGUCCAUCAGCUUGUGUGAGGACAGGACAUUUCACUAA